AUGUCCACUAUUGUGGAGUUUAUAAUGAAUGACUUAAAGUCACUUCAAAACUCAUUGUCAGAGAAUGAUAAUGAUGACCUUCCUGAUGACGCCAGCUUCGAGGAGGAUAACAUUGAUUUGCCAAGCACCAAUAACCGAACUGAAAUUGAUCAAACACUUGGAAGCAAGGUACAGUACCUUGGUGAUAAGGUACUUGUAAAGUUGUCCUUGGUCAGUUGGCGUUGGUUCAAUAUGGUUUCAUCAAAGAUCAAUCACAUGGACGUCCGUAUUGCCUCAGAGACCACCUUGUCAUUCCCUGGUCGUUGGGUGAACGGAAAACAGACAUGGAGUGGCCCAGUACCAUUUGCUCGUCUCUCCUCCAAGUUCUCAAUUAUCAACUUUAAUCACAUCACAACUUUGACCAUUAUGUUUGAUAGCACCAUCCGAUCGUUGGUGACCAAGGAAGAGUUCCUUGAGUUGACCAAGGAUUUCAGAUCAGGUCCAAAGGUACACAUGAUCCCAGUCAUCAAGAGAAAGAGAGCCUCCAAGACUAUUGAGUGUGCUGCCCAGGGAUUAUUCCAGUACUUGCCAAAGCUGAGAGUUGCCAACCUCCAUUUCAAAAGAUGCUUCAAUGAUGUCGGUCCAAUGGUGAUCAAUCUUCUCAAUCCAUCGAUCGACACUCACAUCACAUUGUUGCAAGAUCUCUACCAAUUGUCCAAGGAGAAUCUCGAUGUUGACCUUCCUCCAAGGGACAUGUGGAUGGACAUCCCAUUUGUCAAGUCUACUACAGUUCUAUCCCAAUUCGACACAUUCGAGGAUGAGAACAUGUACUUUAGAUUCCUCCAGGCCCACCGUCCAGACAACCUGGUCCUUUCAUUGAACACCACCGGUUCCUCCAACCACGCUCUCUACCAACAACUGUUCAUGCUAGACUCGAUCAAGAACUGCACCAUAAAGACCGAUUAUGUAGAGAUGGCCGAUCUCUGGAUUGCGAUGAAGACAUCAAACCUCGAGACAUUGAACGCCUGCAUCCUCUAUCACCAAACACUCCACGACUCCAAGUUUGCUCAUGACAACACCAACAAUGCCCACACCGAUGACCUUUUCAAACAACACACAAGCGAGGACCCGUACUACCAAGGAAUGAACUUGGAGUGGAUCACCAACACCACACCACGUUAUCACUACACCAACAUCUGCCAACACAUCGAUGGCUUCUUCCAAUCACUUUCAGCCAACACAUCACUUAAAGAGUUGUCCUUGAAGAACUACUCUAUCAACAACGACAACCGUGCUCCAAGUGGUCUUCGUCCCACACUUGCCUCGCCACGAUCCAAUCACUUGAGUCUUGGACUCUCCCAGGUGUUCCUCACCAACAACACCCUGACUCAACUUUCACUGUCUGGUCUAAUUGGAAUCACGUCGGCUCAUUUCUUCAUCUCACUCGAGAACAACGAAUCACUUCAUUCUCUCUCCCUGACUGAUGGCACUGUUUUGGAUGACAACGAUGUACUUGCGGCACUUUCCCGAAUGCUCCAGAAGAACAAGACUCUCAGACACCUGUCCCUUUCAAAUAAUGAGCUCAGAGAUAACGACGGACAUAUCUACCAAGGCCUUCAUCUUAACUCUGGUCUGACCAGUGUUGACCUCAGUCUGAACAAGUUUAAGCGUGUAGACACCAGGUGGCUCAAGGGCAGCCAGAUCAAGACCGACAUUGUCAACAACGACGACCAUCACCAGAAGGAGUAUGCGACCAAGAAGCAACAACAACUGCAACAUCAACGCCACGGUAGUCAUUUGAAAAGACAAGUUAUUAGCGUCACU